AUGGCGGCGCCCUUUGCCGUACGGCGGCGGCGUCAUCGGGAGGCGCCCCCCGAACGUGGCGGCGCCCGUCGCCGUACGGCGGCGUCAUCAGGAGGCGCCGGCUCGGCGAUGCUGGAGGCGCUGGUGGCGGGCGGCGCGGAGGGGCUGGUCCUCGUGCGAGACAACGCCGCCUGCGAGGGUCGCAGCCUCCUCCGGGCCUUCGUCACCGCCGCCGUGCAGAGGGCCGAGCGCGUCCUCGUCGUCCUCUUCGACGUCCCCCGGGAGCAGUUCGAGGCCGGGCUGAGCCCCUCAGUGAAGGAGCAGCUCCUGUACCGCGAUGGCUUCACGGACCCCCUGGGCUGGAGUGGGCCGGACCCUGACCUGCGGGCAGGCGAUUUCGGGGGGCUGCUAGCGGGGGGGCUCCCCUCGGGGGGGGCCCCUGACGCUGGUGCUGGACUCACUCAGCUGGCUGCUGCUGCGCCUGCCCCCCCCCUGCCUCUGCCAGGCCCUGGGGGCCCUGCUGGGGGGGGGCCCCCGGCUCCGGACGAGAGCUUCACCCUCCUGCCUGAUGGCUCCCUGCGCUCUCUGGGGGUGCCCACCCCCACGCCAGAGGAGGAGGACGGGAGACCCCCCCCCUCCGUGGCCCGGACGCCUGGGUCCCCCAGGGAUUCAGGGGGCCGGGCCCCCUCCCACCCCCUCACCUUCCGCCUGCAGCUGUCUGCAGCUGAGCGGGCAGCACGGGCAGCUGUGCCCCCCCCGUACCAGCUCAGCACCCCUAAGAGAUCGACCCUCCUCCGGACACCCGGGACCAUCGUCUGUGCCCUGGAACCCCCCGAGGACGAGGACCCCGAGGACCCUGACGACGACCUGGACGUGUGACACGCCCCCCCCCCAGGUUUAUUGUAGGACCUAUGUAAACCCAGGGGGUUACUGUAGGACCUACGUAAACGUUGGGACCCCCAAUAAAGCUGUCGCAUCUCCCCCA